ACCCUCUCCUACGUCAUCGUACUUCCUUAUAAGUUCCCUUUAAUCUUUCUUGAAUAGUGAGAUAGCCCAAUUUGGAAAAUAUUCGCUUUAUUGCUGUUUAAUCACUCCUAUUCCCAAGCCACUAGAGAGCUCAUCAAAUCUGACGUAACUUAUUUUUAUAGACCUCUUAAUACAUAUUGGGCAGGGUGGGGUAGGGGGUGUGGUCUGUGGACCUCUGGGCAAACAAUUGAUGAGACUGGAAGGAAAGGUAUUUGUGAAUCCUUUGAAGUAUUCUGCAAAAGUUUAUGUGCAUUUCUCCAGGGAAAGUGUGCCUUGCUUGCCUUGCUAGUAUCUUAGAGGGGUCCGUGACCUAAAGAAGGUUAAAUAAAGCACUAAAUUUGUAUUUUUAAUUGAUCAUUUCCACCCCAACAGGAAAAUUUCUCCUAGAUCUGCUCUUGUUUGCUACUGUACUUGAAGCCGUUCAGUCCAUCACGGUCUAAAUGGAGGUGGGUGGGAGAGAAUGACACAGAGAAAGAUCAGGUAUGGUUGCAGAAGUACAGGAAGAAGGACUGGUUCCAGACAGAGCUGGCAUUACAAUCCCAUCUACCAAUUUAUCAGCUGUGGCCUUGACCUAGGUACUUAACUGCUCUCUGCCUCUGUUUCUUCUGUAAAAUGAAGAAAAGUUGAGGUUCAAAGGUCAAUUGUGUAAAGUAUGUGUGGAGCACACAAGAUGACACUGUUAUUAUGGAGAAGUCUUAUCCUCAGACAGUCCCUAACUGAUUUCUCUGUAUUCUUGGGCUGAGCCCAAUUUUCAAGGCUGGUAGGAUAGGUUGGGCAUCAGACCUCUCCAAUGAUUUAAUUGAACACAGUUGAGCUGGAAUUUCCAAAACCCUCAGGGCCAAACUCACCUUUUCACUGCCGAUUCCCCUUUCCUUCUGUCUCUUAGUACUCCCCCCAGGGCUCAAUGAUUCUUGACAAAAGCUCUAGUUCACUUUAGGAGAGCAGAAAGGGAGAGGAAAUGAUCUUCCAAAAUUAAAGAUGAAGACCUUCACUUAGUAAGGUUGUAGUUCAACCUUUUGGCCUCUAGAGGGCAGUGUGGAUACGUUCGCCUCAAGUUCACAGCCAGCCAAUAACAGUGUGUACUGCACCAAAGGAUGAAAGGAUAAUGGCAAACGUAUUCUUAGUGCUCUCCACUGUGUGAUUAUGAGCGAUUAUAAUCUUUAUACUUGGGGGUAUUAAAAUAUUGUUCUAGUUAUGACAAUGAUUUUUUAAUUGGCUUAACUAAAAAAAAGUCGGUAUUUGUAUUGUUCUAUACUUUGGGAAGAAAAUAGACAUGUCCAAGGGAACUAGUCUUUGAACCACUAUUUAAGCUUCGUUUCUGUAUUUAUUCUUGGAUAUAAGAGAAUUGAGCGCUUGACCUUGUUUUCACUAAAAGGCAAACCGGGCUGUUUUAGUUGCAACACAGAUGUUUGUCAAAAACAGGGUAGAGGUGGAGCUCAUGGCUGGGAGAAUGCCCGCUGGAUUCCCAGGCCUUCUCAGUGAAUGCACCUUGUGUCACAGCCGUAGGGGCAGGGCGGGGGCGUCUCAAAACCUCCCACCUCUCCGCCCAAGCUUUGGAGUCCUCGUCACCUUCCACUGCCCAGUUCUGGACAACAGUGAGAGUCCCAUUCCUUGUCGAGCGGGGAUUGGAAACAAAAAACAGCCAGUCUUAGCUCCGAGCCCUCGUGGCACCCCUCCUGCCUCUGCCUCCAGAAGGCGGGCACAGCAGCUUGCAGGCGCGCGGCCAGCCAAUAGCUGGGGGAUGAACAGAAAGGCGAGAGUGCUCCUUCACUCGGCCCCAACGUCACGAUGCUGGCCCCGCCCCUUCGCCAGCAGUCUCUGGGAGCUGGGCGGGUAAGCCAGCCACCCUGCCGACGCCGGACGCCGAGCCCGAACCCGGUCUGUCACAAUGCUGCUGCACAGGGCUGUGAUCCCCCAUCUCCGACAGGCCUGCAGACUCAAGUCAGCCCCCUCAAGGCUCUAUAUUCGGGCUUGCUCUACAGAUGAUUCACUUCAGCCCCAGUGCCCCAGCCUUGCCUUCUCUGGUGAUAACUCCAGCACCGGGGGAUGGAAAGUCAUGGGGACUCUGCUAGGCCUGGGUGCAGUGUUGGCCUAUCAUGACCGCCGGUGUAGGGCUACUCAGGAGUCACCACAUGUAUACACAAGAGAGGAAGUGAGAUCUCACAGCAGCCCUGAAACUAGGAUCUGGGUGACUCUGGGCUGUGAGGUGUUUGAUGUUACAGAAUUUGUGGACUUACACCCUGGGGGGCCAUCAAAGCUGAUGCUAGCAGCAGGGGGUCCUCUAGAGCCCUUCUGGGCCCUCUAUGCUGUUCAUAACCAGCCCCAUGUGCGUGAGAUGCUGGCUCAGUACAAGAUUGGGGAGCUGAGCCCUGAAGACAAGGUACCUUCCACCUUGAAGACCUCUGACCCCUACAUUGAUGAUCCCGUACGUCACCCAGCCCUGAAGGUCAACAGCCAGCGCCCCUUUAAUGCAGAGCCCCCCCCUGAACUGCUGACGGAAAACUAUAUCACACCUAACCCUAUCUUCUUCACCCGGAACCAUCUGCCUGUACCUAACCUGGACCCAGAAACCUAUCGUCUGCAUGUAGUAGGGCCACCUGGGGGUCAGUCACUGUGUCUAUCCCUGGAUGACUUGUACAAGUUCCCCAAACAUGAGAUCACUGUAACUCUGCAGUGUGCUGGCAACCGGCGCUCUGAAAUGACUCAAUUCAAAGAAGUGAGAGGUCUGGAGUGGAAUAUCGGGGCCAUUAGCACUGCACGCUGGGUUGGGGCACGCCUUUGUGAUGUGUUAGCCAAGGCUGGUCACCAACUCUCUGAAACUGAGGCCCACGUCUGCUUUGAGGGACUGGAUUCAGACCCCACAGGGACUGCCUAUGGAGCAUCCAUCCCUCUGGCUCGGGCCAUGGAUCCUGAAGCUGAGGUCCUGCUGGCAUACGAGAUGAAUGGGCAGCCUCUGCCUCGUGACCAUGGCUUCCCUGUGCGAGUGGUUGUUCCUGGUGUGGUGGGUGCCCGCCAUGUCAAAUGGCUGGGCAAAGUGAGUGUGGAACCAGAGGAAAGUUACAGUCACUGGCAGCGGCGGGAUUAUAAAGGUUUCUCUCCAUCUGUGGACUGGGACACAGUAGAUUUUGACUCCGCUCCAUCUAUUCAGGAACUUCCUGUCCAGUCAGCCAUCACAGAACCCAAGGAUGGGGAGACAGUACAAUCAGGGGAGGUGACUAUCAAGGGCUAUGCAUGGAGUGGUGGUGGGAGGGCUGUGGUCAGGGUGGAUGUGUCUCUGGAUGGGGGUCUAACCUGGCACGUGGCAGAGCUGGAUGGAGAGGAACAGCGUCCCAGAAAGGCCUGGGCCUGGCGACUAUGGCAGCUGCAAGCCCCUGUGCCGGCUGGGAGAAAGGAAUUGAACAUUGUUUGUAAAGCUGUAGAUGACAGCUACAAUGUGCAACCAGACACCGUGGCCCCAAUCUGGAACCUGCGAGGUGUGCUCAGCAAUGCCUGGCACCGUGUCCAUGUCCAUGUCGCCCCAUAAGAAGGUGAAAUGGAAUUACCUACUCCCCAGAAUCAUCAUCUCAACCCCUUUCCACACACAUCCUUUUGCCUUGUUACCACAGGAAAACCUUUCCUUCCACCUCCACUUCUUGGAUCACAACCCUAUACUAUGCCUUCCUAAACCACACACAGAUAUGCACAUUGCACAUUUCCACCCAGACACCAGCUCUCCUUUGACACUAUGUUACAUAUCCCUAUUAUGCCAGAAGUUGAGAGCUGUUGAAGAUGUAAGCUAGAAGUGGGGAAAUUUCUGUAAACAAGCACUCUUCUCCUACCCCACCUCCACUUCUAGUGUUUAUCAUCACUUUAUUUUGCUUUUCCUCUUAGGAGUCUUCAGAGAAUGUGUGUGGAUAUGUGUACAAAAAUGUAUAUGCAACUUUCUACUGACUUUCUGGUUGCCAGGGGUCGUGAGAGGUGCAAUCCUGCCCCUUUAUAGUUCCACUUUUCUAAACACAUCAAUAAAGUAUCUGUUUAAGACACAA